GCAGCUAAUGAUGGCACAGAGCCUCAUCUAAUUUCUAGACCUCACUGAACCAGGACCGAACCAUAAACGGCGAACGCCGACUCUGUUACGAAAGAAGGAAACGGAGCUGCAAAUGUCGACGGCAAGAAUUCAAUCGAGCACGGCGUCUGCUCUCUCCGCCACCGUCAAGCACCACCUCUUCCCCAACCUCCGCCCCCCUGGAAACCAUCUCGUUUCACGGCCCAAUAUCGCGAGACUGAGAACUACCAGAGGCCUCACGGUCGCAAUGGCCGCUCCUCUUGAAGUCUGCGUCAAGGCUUCCGUCACUACUCCCAACAAGUUGGGUGACUGCCCCUUUUGUCAAAGGGUAUUGCUGACUUUGGAGGAAAAGCAUCUCCCCUAUGACAUGAAGUUGGUUGAUUUGGGAAACAAGCCAGAAUGGUUCCUAAAAAUCAGUCCAGAAGGUAAAGUUCCAGUAAUAAAAUUUGAUGAGAAGUGGGUUCCAGAUUCUGAUGUUAUCACACAGUCAUUGGAAGAAAAGUUCCCUGAUCCACCACUGGGAACUCCAGCAGAGAAAGCUUCAGUUGGAUCAAAGAUCUUUUCCACAUUCAUUGCCUUUCUUAAGAGCAAAGAUCCGAGUGAUGGAACUGAACAGGCAUUGCUGAAUGAGCUAAGUGCAUUGAAUGAUCAUAUCAAGGAAAAUGGCCAUUUCAUCAAUGGGGAGAAGAUUUCUGCAGCCGACUUAUCUCUAGGACCAAAGCUCUACCAUUUAGAGAUUGCUUUGGCGCAUUAUAAAAAAUGGUCCGUUCCAGACUCACUUCCACAUUUGAAGUCCUACAUGAAGACAAUUUUCUCAAAGGACUCUUUCCUUAAAACUCGUGCCCUCCCAGAGGAUGUAAUUGCGGGUUGGCGUCCAAAAGUCAUGGGAUAAUUCUUUCUGCCGCUGGAACUCUCUUUUUGGAGGCCUUCAGGUAUCUUCCCCUAUAUUUCAAGAAUGAAUAUGAAGAGGUAUAAUAUUACAAACCAGAUGAGCCUCCCUUACUAGUAAACCUGAUUAAGCUUCAUUUAUUCUGUAGUUAGAGUUGGGAUAUUAAAAUGAUUGAGACGACAUACUGUAGAGCUUCAUAUGAAGUGUAACUCAUUUAAUAAUCGUGUUGUAUAUUAUUAACACAAUUAAUCUAGUCACGAUAAGGUUAAAGUCAUUUUCAGUGGUAAAACUUGUUUUGGUCAUGCCAACCCAUAAUAAUGUAUUGCCAUCUCC